UAAUGUUGUGUCAAGCUGCAGUGACUUUAGAUCAACUAACAGAUUUGGGACAAAAUGUGACUAUAAACUGUGAUCUGGAUAUAAAUGAAGUUUAUUGGAUUUUACUGAAACAAUCAGAUUCUCAUACAGUGAUACUGCAGUCAUUCUCAAACCCAACUUCUGCUUUUUACUUUAAUAAAACAUUUAAAAACAAAUAUUCAGUGAAAUCUAAACACCGUCUGGUGAUAUAUAAUAUUACUGCAGAUGAGUUAGGAGUUUAUUACUGUAUGAACACAGAUACACCUCCAAAACUCAGUAACAGCACAAGACUGAACAUCAUUGAACCGACUCAACCGAGUGAAUUCAGUACAACAAUCACACAACAUCCAACAAUACAUCAGAGCAACAAUCAGAUAACUAUAACUGAGCAAAACUCAACACAAUACACAACUGUCAUCCUCAUUUCUGGUCUGAUGAUUGUUUUUCUGUUCAUUACAGGUCUGGUGACAGCUGUUUGUGCUGUUAAUAAUAGUUGUUGGAUCAGAUCUGGAAACAGUUCAGGACAACUUUAUAAAACUGAUUUUAUAAAACAGCUGACACAAGAACAACAUCAAGACCCAAACCAACUACAGUAUGUGACGGUGGUUUAUCAAGCGGUGUAAAAACUCAGACCACGACAGCACCUAUGCUAUAAGGACGCCAAAAACAUAAACACAAGAGUAUUCUUGAUUUUAUACUUAUAUACACUUACAAUUAAUAACAAAUAUGAAUUAUAUAACCUAACUUAGCUAGAAAAUAUCUUGAUUUCUCUCUGAAACUAACCACCAACUAACCACACACUGAACUCACAAUAC